UAAAAUUAAAUGUUUUAUUUUUUUCAUACAUGCAGCAAAUUGAAUCAAGAGUAUAUGCCCAUCUAAAAGGAGGUCUUCAUGAGGACCGUUUGACAACACACAGCAGGUAGUCUAGGAUGUAGAAAAGUCAUCAAAUACUUGCAGGUGAAAUCAAAUUCACAAACACAAACUCUUCAACAAUAAACAUUUUCUCUUUUUUUUUUUUAAUUUUUAAUUUUUUUUCCCUCCUUAAUUGCCACUUUGCAUGUGCUCAGAAAUGAACAGCUCAGGUGACAGUCCCAUGCAUGGAGCCCGAGGCGUGUGGCCACACAGCCCCCUGCUCCUGCCACAGCAGCCCAGCGCUGCCAGGGGAGCAGGUCUCCCCCUCCAGGAGCAAUCCCAGCCCUGGGAACUGCGGGAUCCCCGUGCCCUGCGCUCCAAGCCCCGGCUCCUCCCGGGCUCCCAGCUCUGGGAUUCAAGCACAGGGCACAGCGACUGCCCUGCACUGCUGUCCCUUCAGCUCCACGGCUGGCCCUGCACCAACCCCGUGGACCUGUGAGAUGGGCUCAGCUGAUCGAUGGCUCCUCUGCUCUGGUGACCAGGAGCUGCUCGGGGACACAGGCACAGCUCCCGAGGGCUCAGCACAGCCCAGGGACACCUGCCUGGCCCACCCUGUCCAGGGGGAGCCAGCCGAGAGCCUGAGCCCCCUUACCUGCAGCACUGGGGUGCAGUCCAAGGGGGACAGAGAGGAUGAGCCACCCUGUGCAUGUCCUGCCAACUCAGCCCCUGCUCUGCCCUCCCGGGUCCCCCUCUGCCUCAGGGGACCCUGCCAGUGCCACUGAAUGCAGGGGGGACACCAGAGCUGAGCUCCCCUCCCCUGCAUCCCCAGCAGCUCCAGGUCUGGAUUCUUGGGCUUUCUCCACAGCCCUGUGGAGCACCUGGGGCCUGGGCUCUCUGGGGAGCUCUGAGCAUCCUCCCAAAGCCCUGCUCUGCCCACCCAACAGUGAGGAUUACAUCACCAAGUGACAUCAGCUGUGACUGGACCCCUGCCACUCUGCCCUUCCUUUGGUUUGGGUUCCUUCCACACAGAUCUGAGUGCGUGUGCAGGGCCAGGCACUUCCCACUGUGCAUCCCUCCACAGAGGAGACAGGACACCUGGAAGGAGUCUUGGAACAAGAGUUUGGCAAGCAGCAGAACGCACAGCACCAGGAACACCCAAGGUAGGAGUCCUGAGAAGAGGACCUGGCGCUGGCCAAGCUCGCCCUGGAGCGUGGAUCUCAAUCCCAAACUGCCUCCAAAGCUGCCUGGUGCCUCAUCCCAGCUGCCCUGCAGGUCCCCCCAGCCCACCGGGUGUGCUCAGGGUCCAGCAGUGCCUGCUCCAUGCACCAGUGUCACCCCAACACAGACACACAGGUUCCAAACAAAAAGGUGUGACUCCCCCCGCAGCAGCUCCUGCCCCCACGGCCCCGGGGUGCCCCUCAGCCCCCAGAGCUCCCAGAGCACCCCGGGCAGAGCUGGGAGCGCCUCCAGAGCCAAAGAAUGGAAAUGGAAACAUUCACCACUGAAGGAACACAAAUUCUGCAGCAACAGUUGGGAGGUCACAGAACGCACAUGCUCUGACGUCAGCUGGGUCUGCAGAGGAUGGCCCAUGGCUUUGGGAUGUGCCAGCCUCGGGGAGCCCCACCAGGCACAGCCCCCAGCCCAGGCCUCGCCUGCUGCAGAGCCCCUCCUGAUCUGGCACAAUUUGCAGUUUUUCUGGGUUUGGUCUGGGUUCCUCCAGCCCAGGGCAGCACCCGAGGCCACGGGCUCAGCUCUCAGCCCAGCAGGUACAGGACAGUGCCCGUGGCUGGGUGACAGGGAGGGGACACUCAGCCCCUGACAGCGCCUUAGCUGCUGGCAGCCUCUAGUUCUCAAGGAAUCAUUAAAAGAAAAAAAAAUUUCCAAAGGUAGAGUUCCAUGUUUAUAAAAGAUCUAUGAACUAGAAUUUCCUCUAUAGAAUUCCUCAUGAUUGAUAAACCCCCCCAUGUCCCUGGGGCCUGGAGGAAUGGCUGCAUCCAGCAGAAGCAGUGCUGGCUCAGAAAACACACCCGGGGUUCUGCAAACCACUCUGGGCUGUGACGGGAGCGGGGUGACAGGGCCUGGGGGAUGCUCAGCUGGGGCUCAGCC